AUGCGCAUCCUGAUGCGCUAUUUGCGGCGCGAUCUUCGAAAGCAUGGUGGUGUGGUUGACAAGAUCGUGUUCGCUUUGUGGCAGUACACGGCAAAGGACCUUUCAUACAUGAAAGAGCUGGUCAGCUCCCCUGACGGAGCUGAUGGAACUUUCGACAUCCAAGACUUCUCCGAGCAGCGCUGGGGCCGGUCUCGCAUUGAUGCCGACCCGAUCUCAAAUCGAAUGGUCCAGCUUUACAAGAGCAUGAACGAGACAGACACGGUGUAUGUGAAGGUUGACGACGACGUGGUUUACGUUGCGGAACAUGCGAUUGCAGAAUUAGUCAGGGAGAGAUUGCGAAAACGCUGCCUGCUUGUGUCGGCCAAUGUGGUGAACCAUGCCAUCAUGUCGGCUUUGCACCAAGACAGGGGCGCUCAUCGGGGCUUUUGGCCAACGGAGGAGCAGCAAAGAAACCCUGUUUUGCGGCUGCCGUGGUCAAAGAAGGAGGAAAUCAACACGUCUCCGGACUUCCAGAUCGAACGCUUCCCAGCCUCACGCUGCGUGGUGGAGCGUUGGGACUGUGCUGCUCUGGUCCACGAGAGUUUCUUGGACCGCUCUGCAGACAACACCCUGUGCGUGUUCGAUUUCGGUUGGCACGACUUCAACCGCUUGGGCUACAGAGAACACAGGUACAUACACAGAUCUCCAAGCGUCAACAAGGAGUACUGGACACAGGGGGCAAGGUGGAGCACAAACUUCUUUGCCUUCAGGGCAGAAGACCUGGAUGGAGUAAACUGGAGUAACGUGCAUGGCAAGGGUGACGAUGAGGAGGAGUUUACUGGGCCUCACUCGGAAAGAAGAGACCGACACUCUUGCGCAGUUGGCGCGGCGUUGGUGGUGCACUUCUCUUAUGGGUCCCAGGAGGAAGGUUUGAUGGCCUACACGAACUUGCUGAAACGCUACGACAAGUUGUCACGGUGCAUUUGGAAGGCUUCCAAGCCAGAUGCACCGGAUGCGUCGCGUUUCAAAGUCGAGAAAAGUGAAGCAAGCGUCACCAACUUUCACGUUGUCCAGCAUGCCUCAUUUGUCUCCGUGCACUUCGCCGAUGGUCUGCAGUGCAGAGCCAAGGUGAAGGCGAGAUGUGAACCUUGCGACUUGGCUGUGCUCCAGGUCCUGCUCGACAGCUGCUCCGGCUCGGAUCUGCAACUUCCACCGCCGUUGAGGCUUGCGCGACACGGCCCGGAUCUGGGGGCCAAAGUGGCGGCAGUGGGUCACCCGGAGCACUGGGCCUGGCUUCUGGGCGUGGGCCAUGUCACUGGAAUCGGUCGUCGCAGCUCCCGUGCUGUGCAGCGCUUCCGGGUCUGGGAAGUUGAGCUUUUCGUAGACAAGGGAAGCACGGGGAGCUAUGUAGAUGAAGAAUCGGACGGGAAGCAUGUGCGAGGGUACUGCCGUGCACGUGCUGGUGCAAAUCUUAGCGAUGGCAGCGCCAUUCGUGGGUCUGGCGACCGACGGGGGCUCGUUGUCCCAGCUCUCAGAUCAAGCUUGCUCAUCGAGUCCCGCCAGCAGGCGGCAGAUGCUGCAGUCCUCGCGGCUGUGCCUUGGGCUUCUGUCGAAAGCAAGAAGAUUGCGAAGAACUGUCUGGAGACCUGGCUGGCCGAAUGUGGGAAUGAGCCCUCAAACCCAAAGCAGAAAGCUCGAACUGGAGGCGUGGCGACUGCAAGUUUGCAUGAGCUGCUGCCCCAAGCUCUCGCCGCAAUAAGGGCGCAACUUCCUGCGUUCAACCCAAGCUCGGGCGGGAGCACGAGCCUGUCGGUAAGUCUGUCUGUUGCAAUCGUGCGUGGUCUCCAUUGGUUGAUGCAGCAGAGCGACUACCUGGUUCUCAAAGACCGACUGGGCCUGGCUUUGCCUUUGAUUCUCCAAGUCCUGGACCAGACUUCAGAUCAAGUGGUCCGGCUCAUCGCCUGGGAUGCCCUGCAUUUGAUGCUGGAUCGUGCCCUGGCAAUCGAGGUGCAGAACUUUCGACCACCUUUGCAGCAUGUCUUGGAGACUUGUUCUCCACUCUUCCUGGAUGAGGAGAUCGCAUGCCUCGCCGUUGCACCUUUCUGUGCUUCGAGCGUGCUUUUCCUGCUCAAAGCUUUCAGCCGUGAUUGUAAGUUAGAUCGCAGCAAGAGCUUGGACUCCUUGCUUCGCUACGGGAGCCUCCACUGCAAGCCCAACUCGCGUGCGUUCGCGCUCUUCUUGGAAUUUGGACUUUUGCCGCUCCUCGCCCGGGAAGCUUGGCUGGUUGCACCGCACUUGCGCGAAAUAGCAGAGCUCCUGCUCCAGAGCUGCGAGGGAGGCAACGCCUUGGAGGUGUUGCUGGCCUGGCAUGCCUUGCUGCUUCUGUUUGGAGGAGAGCUCCAAGCCCGUGUCAAGAGGUAUUUUCAGGACAUCCUUCUGCGCAUGGCCUUUACCUACCUGACCUUCUUUGCAUCCGAUCCGCCUGAGGGUCUUCAGCAAGAGCCUGCGACAGGAUCUGGGAAGUUCCUGUCGCCUGUGACUGCUGCGAUGACGGCAGCGGAGUGGACAGAGGUGUCUUGCAGGAAGGACGAGUUGGAUGUUGUACUUCGCGAUGUUGCACGAGUGUUGGCAGAGGCCGAUGAGCCGGGAGGCGCUCUUCUGACAAGGAGCUUGACGGAGCUGACAGCAUCGACGUCUCUGCCUGCGCUCCAGGACUUCCAGGAGCGGUGCUCAGUCGAUGGCAUCGUGUUUGCCUCGGUCGCAGCUGGUCAUGGCAGCAGCGGUGGCCCGCUGCUGGAUUCCCAUGGAGAUGUCACUGGCGUGAUUACCUGGCAAUUUUCGGGCUCACAACCUGUGGUGAUUGCAGCCAUCAGCACGUCUGUUGUACGACAGGUGGUACCGCAGCUCAUCUCUGAGGGCAGCUGCAGCCUCCCUCAUGCAGGCAUCGAAGGCCGUAUGGGUCCUGCGCGACUCACGGCUCCCAGCUGGAGAAGCAACGCCUAUCUGGGGGUCAAAGCAGACGGAGUCAGGCUUUGGGGCUUGCCCUCCCGCGAAGCGCGAGAUGCUGGCCUUCGGUGGUUGGAUGAGAUCGUAGCUGUUGGCAGAGCAGACGAGCCGGUACAUUCCGUUGCUGAUGUUCUUCAUGCCAUACAGGCGCAGCCUGACUCACCCAUGCCCGUCCGUUUACGACGCUUUGGUAGCGAACACACCGCAGAGCUUGUUCGUGAUGUGCCGCGAAAAAGAUCGCCACUGCUCAUCCGUCGGAUGGCGAGUGUCGGUGCGCGUGGGUUGAUCGUGCUGAGGGUGCUGCGCAAUUAUCGACGUCUACUAUUGGCAUUGCAGAAAGAUGCUGGCAGCUUCCAGGCGUCGCUGCAGACCUUCCGCGAGACAGGCGGCUUCAACGAGAGUGCGGUGCCCGAGGCGGCGUCACAGCUGAUUUUCGCUCUGGUACAAUGGGCGUUGGCCUCCGACCCUCUUCGCAAUGUGUGCCUGCCAGCUCGCAUAAAUUCGAAGUGCGCCGUCACUGGAGAUAUGAAGAAGAAGAUUUGGAAGCCAACCUCAUCUUUCCGGAUCUGCCAGGCAAAAUGCAACAGUGAAGCUGCGGAGACCCCGUCUUGCUGCGUGCACUCAGCAAAGACCGGACAGUGCCAAAUGAUCUUCGGCGGCAAUGCCACCCUACCUGCCGAGCCGCAGGAUCGAAGCCGUGCUGCGCUGUGCCGCCCUUUCCCGGUGGCACGGGUGGCUGCGGAACUCGGGAAGCUCGUCAAUUUUGUAUCCCGCGUCCUGUUGGAUGAGUGA